CUGCUCUCCUCCGGACCACAUCCUCCCCGUCCCUCCUCCGCCUGCGACACACUCUGUAAUAUUUAGCACUCCGUUAAUCAUAGCGACUCUAACGAAUGGCAUCAUCCGUGUUCUACAAGUUCAAGUCUCAGAGGGACGAGUCCAGGGUGACCUUCGAUGGCACCGGCAUCUCUGUGUUCGAUCUCAAAAAGGAGAUCAUCUUAGCAAACAACCUCGCGAAGGCGAACGACUUUGACCUCGUCAUCUGUGACAAUUCGUCAGGAGAAGAAAUCAAGGAUGAUUCCCAUAUCAUACCCCGUUCGUCUUCAGUUCUUGUAAAGCGAGUCUUUGUCCGUCCGGGCAAGGGUAAGACCGCUAUGUAUGUUGGCAAUUCCGCCCACAACACGAAGGCUUUCGAGCCCUCGUCUCGAACGGGCGGAAGUCCCAGCACCUCCAGCACUUGGAGUAGACCAGGUAACAUCUCGAAACGAUUCGAUGGCAAGGUAGAAGAGGGGCCUGCUCAGGCCGCUCCCAAGACGCAUGCUCCAGCUACCGCUGUCAAGUCCGCUGUCACGAAGGACGAUGAGGCGGCUGCUAUGGCCGCUAUGUUCCAAGCACAGACGCAGAACUGGGAGGAGACCCAGGAAAAGAUGUCUCAGUUGGUGUCGCGCUUACGCGGUUUCCUUGUCUCUGUAGUAGAUGGUUCUAAUGGACGCAAUUUCACUGGUGCAUUUUGUCUCUGUCUGCACCAUUUUCACAGUGCUGUCCGUAUCCAUAAUAAUUCGCGCGGUGCCAUGGGGCGAGGAGGAAAGCCCUUCCAUCAUCAUCAGUCUGACAGGCCACUCCCUGCAAGCUAUGUUUGUUAUCGCUGCGGACAGAAAGGUCACUGGAUCCAGGACUGCCCGACGAACAACGACCGUGAUUAUGACAACAGGCCGCGCAUUAAGCGCACUACGGGUAUUCCCCGUAGUUUCCUCAAGGCAGUCGAAUCACCCAACGGUCAGAUCGGUCAAGGAGUGAUGGUCACCCCUGAAGGCGGUUAUGUCGUAGCCCAGCCCGACGUAGUUUCAUGGCAGAAACAAGUCGCGAAACACAAGCCUGGUUUGACGGAGGCGGACAUUCGGGAGCGUACUCCGUCAGACCCUUCUCUUGUAUGCCCUAUAGACAACAAGCUUUUCCGCGAUGCUGUGAAGACCCCGUGCUGUGGUACGCUGUACUGCGAGGAGUGUAUCCAGACUCACCUGCUCGAACGCGACUUCAUCUGCCCGAAAUGUGGCGCUAAGAUUGCAUCGCUCGACAAACUCCUCAUGGACAAGCCGAUGCGCACGAGGGUCGGGGACUACAUCGACAGGGAAGUCGAGAAGAGCCGACACGAACCCCAAGAGGAGCCAAAGGGUGAAACGCCAGAACCCGUCUACAAGGUUCGCCAGGAUAAGGUGCAAGACCAGUCAGAUGGCGCUGCAUUCGAUCAGGAGUACUACUCGGACCAACAACCGGGCGGCGACAUGGACAUGUCACACAUCUUCGCGGAGACCAUCCCCCAACUGCAGGCGCAAAUCUCGCAGAUCCAGAUCAUGCUCAACAACCCGUCGCUCCCGCCGCAGGUCCGGCAGCAGACGCAGAUGAAGCACCAGCAGCUGCAGAUGGAGCUCCAGCAGGCGCAGGUCGCGGCCGCGAUGGCGGCGACGCUCCAGGCGGCGAGCUCCUCUGCCGCGGCGAUGCCCUUCAACGGCAUGCAGGGCGGCUACCAGCAGGACUUCCGCCAGCAGUGGACGAACCCGUUCCCGAACCAGCAGCCCGCGAGCCAGGACUCGGCGUACCAGCGGCUCCCGCUGAAUAAUAGGCGGAGGAACCACCUCAAGCGGGAGCGGCCGUCGGACUUCUUAGAGGUGGCGGGGAACGAGCCGGAACCGAAGAUGCAGAGGUAUUGGGAGUGAAGGACGCUCGUUUCCGGAUGGAGAGGGGGAUGAGGUAUCGGCAUGGUCCAGGGCAUUUAGUGGCGGACAUUCAGACAUCAUAUAUGCACAGCACGUCGCACAUCCGCAUGCACACCGCACUCUUACAUGUACACUCCG